AUGUAUAGUAUGUUUUUCACAAAAAUAGUUUUAUCUUUGUUAAAUUUAUUGUUAAUCUUCAUUUAUUUUAUUAUUCUUCUUUUUUAUCCAAUCGAUCAUCUCGAUCCUCCCGGCAUUAUUCCUUCCAUUAAUUCUCUCCUACUUUUUUUGCCACGACCCUUUACCCCAAAUUGGCAUGGACAACGCCAAACUGCGCAGGACGCUUACAAGGAAACGGACUGCUGCUGGGCCUUUUUGACAAAAAUGGACAGUGAAUGGAUGUUGGGGGUUAUAAUGGGCGGAGAAAUAAAUAAAUAUACAAGCCAUCGACAAAAAAAUGGAAGGGAAGGAUGA